AUGGCUGGCGAUUCUAGGAAUGCCAUGAACCAGGAUAUGGAGAUUGGGGUCACUCCCAGGGACCCUAAGAAGGUUCCCAAGCAGGCCCGCGAUUAUAUCCCCAUUGCCACCGACCGCACGCGCCUGCUGGCGGAGGGCAAGAAGCCCCGGCAGCGCUACAUGGAGAAGAGUGGCAAGUGCAACGUCCACCACGGCAACGUCCAGGAGACCUACCGCUACCUGAGCGACCUCUUCACCACCCUGGUGGACCUCAAGUGGCGCUUCAACCUGCUCGUCUUCACCAUGGUCUACACCGUCACCUGGCUGUUCUUCGGGUUCAUCUGGUGGCUCAUUGCUUAUAUCCGGGGCGACCUGGACCACAUCGGGGACCAAGAGUGGAUCCCCUGUGUCGAAAACCUCAGUGGCUUCGUGUCUGCCUUCCUGUUCUCCAUCGAGACCGAGACCACCAUCGGGUACGGCUUCCGGGUGAUCACGGAGAAGUGUCCGGAGGGCAUCAUCCUCCUUCUGGUCCAGGCCAUCCUCGGCUCCAUCGUCAACGCCUUCAUGGUGGGGUGCAUGUUCGUCAAGAUCAGCCAGCCCAAGAAGAGAGCCGAGACCCUCAUGUUCUCCAGCAACGCCGUCAUCUCCCUGCGGGACGAGAAGCUCUGCCUCAUGUUCAGGGUGGGCGACCUUCGCAACUCGCACAUCGUGGAGGCCUCCAUCCGCGCCAAGCUCAUCAAGUCCCGGCAGACCAAGGAGGGGGAGUUCAUCCCGCUGAACCAGACCGACAUCAACGUGGGCUUCGACACGGGGGACGACCGCCUCUUCCUGGUGUCCCCGCUCAUCAUCUCUCACGAGAUCAACGAGAAGAGCCCUUUCUGGGAGAUGUCGCGGGCCCAGCUGAAUCAGGAGGAGUUUGAAAUCGUGGUCAUCCUGGAAGGGAUGGUGGAGGCAACAGGCAUGACUUGCCAAGCACGGAGCUCCUACAUGGAUACGGAGGUGCUCUGGGGCCACCGAUUCACUCCAGUCCUCACCCUGGAAAAGGGCUUCUAUGAGGUGGACUACAACACCUUCCACGACACCUAUGAAACAAACACGCCCAGCUGCUGUGCCAAGGAGCUGGCAGAAAUGAAGCGGGAAGGCCGGCUCCUGCAGUUCCUCCCCAGUCCCCCACUGCCAGCAGGCUGUGCUGGAGCAGAGCUGGACGCAGAGGCUGAGCAGGAUGGAGAGGAAGAGCCUGAGGGUCCGAGUGGGUCCCGGGAGACCAGGGGCUCGGUGUGA